AUGCAUUACGCUUCAGUGUUUAUUGCAUUUGCAUGUUUCUUAAAUACCAUCACGGCAAUUGGAUUCACUGGAGCUUUCACAAACAUACCUGAUGAUGUGCCGGAGUUGGCCAAGGAGUUACAACAACCAAUACCAAAUUUAAACAACUAUCCUCUGAGAAUCAAAGUGGACCUAUACAAACUCGAUGAUAAAAGAAAGAGCCACGAUUUUGUUCCUAGAGUCGCCAUUGUGGAUAAAAAUUACCGAUUCACUUUCAAAAAUUUGAAGGAUGGAGAGUAUGAAUUAAUUGCCAACUCAUAUGACUUUACAUUUACCAAAAACAAGUUCAAAGUAGUUGUUGAUGAAGGCAAAGUUGUCGUGUAUGACAGUCCCUUAGGUCAAGAACCAUCGAACCAGUCGUUACCUAUGGAAGUGUCACAUCAAGCACCUUUGGAAAUAGAGUUUAAAGAAGUCAAGCAAUUUUACGAAAAACCAGGUGGGUCUGUGUACGAUAUGCUACUCAACAGUCCACUCGGUUUCAUCUUCAGAAACAAGACAUAUACAGUUAUAUUUGUCAUUGUGUUGGUGAUAUCGUUGGCUCCCACGAUUGCUGAAUGGGUGGAUCCCGAGUUUGCUGCACAGUUUAAAGAAGUUCAAACGCAAGUAGCGACCCAACGGUUGGAGAAGCCAGAUGCAAUUGAGCAGCAGCCACCAGCAAUUCCUUUUGGUGCUGGUGCUGGUGCUGCUACUGCUACUGCUACAGGAGCCAGAAAGGGUGGUGUUGCAACCAAAAAGAGAAGAUGA